UUAUGUUCUAUGAUUCUUCUUAUCUCUCUCUUGUAUUUCUUUUUAAAAAAAAAAAACAAAAACUGAAUUACUUGUUCUUUAAUUUGUCGCUGUAAUGAACUUCAUAUGCACAGUUCUUGCAACUACGUUAUUGUGUGUAACUGUCACGCAGGGGAACACACCUUGUCUUUGGUUUGAAUAAAUGCCCUGUUUUGGUUUCUUAAGCUGCUAUUUAUGUUUUUCUUAUACUCUUGAUUUCUCUCGUGUUUGCCUUUGGUGUAACAAAGAGUUAUGAACUUGUAUAUCCCGCUAGAAAAUUAUUAUUUGAAAUAAAAAGUUUAUAUCUUUUGUGAGCAUAAUGUUUGUAUAUAUAUAUAUAUAUAUAUAUAUAUAUAUAUAUAUAUAUAGAAUGUUGGGUUUAUGAUGAGUUUAAGUCACAUGCGCUUUAACCGUCCAAGCUAAGGUUUUUUUUCUUGUGAAAAUGUUAUUAACGUGUGUUUCUCUUGGUGAAUAUUUCUUACCCUUGAGAAAUAUGAAAAGGGACUCGUCUAGAUGGUGAAUUCUCCUUCGAGGUGAAAGUGGCUUAUAUGUUUCACUCAAAUUUUGGCUGGGGUGCUCUCAAAAUAUUGACAAGGUGGCUGAUAUUCCUUAGUGUCUUGAGACUCAGUUAUCCAACCACAGAUCCUGAUGUGGAAGGUGAAGCUUUGCUUGAAUUUUUGAAGGCCCUCAAUGAUUCCAAUAAUCAAAUUAGAGACUGGGAUAGUUAUUUUGUGAGCCCGUGCUAUAGUUGGUCUAAUGUCACUUGUAGUAACAGACAUGUUAUAUCUCUGAGCCUGGCAUCCAAUGGAUUUUCUGGAACCCUUUCUCCCUCAAUUGCCAAAUUGAAAUAUUUGGUUAGCUUGGAAUUGCAGAACAACAAUCUUUCAGGCCCCUUACCUGAUUACAUUGCCAACUUGACAAACCUAGAAUAUCUAAAUCUUGCUGAUAAUAAUUUUAAAGGUUCUAUACCAGCUACAUGGGGUCAACUUUCCAAUCUAAAGCAUCUGUUCUUGAGAGGGAAUGACUUAUCUGGACACAUUCCCGAUACUGUUGCAAACCUUAGUGGGUUGGCAGAACUGGAUCUUUCAUCUAAUGGUCUUACUGGAAGUAUCCCAAUGCCACUCUUUUCGAUUCCAUUGUUUAAUUUUUCAGAUACGCUCCUUCGUUGUGGGUCUAGAUUGGAGCAGCCUUGUGUUUCAAAUUCUGCACUUUCUGCUUCAACCAACAAAUCAAAACGUGCAGUAGUUGUUAGUUUUGCAAGUUGUGGUUCAUUUGCCUUUUUGUGUCUUGUGGCUAUCUUUGCCUAUAGAUGCCAUCUCAUGCAGAGACACAAAAGUGAUGUCUUUUUUGAUGUUCCAGGUGAAGAUGAGAGCCAAAUUUCCUUUUGGCAAUUGAGAAGAUUUUCAUGGCGUGAACUCCAACAUGCUACUAAAAAUUUCAGUGAAAGCCAUGUAGUUGGCCAGGGGGGCUUUGGAAAAGUUUAUAGAGGAGUACUCUCAGAUAGUACAAAAGUUGCUGUGAAACGCCUUGCUGAUUAUCAUACUCCUGGUGGAGAGGCUGCAUUCCAAAGAGAAGUUCAACUUCUAAGUGUUGCAGUUCAUAAGAAUCUCCUAAGAUUGAUUGGUUUCUGUACAACCUCAACUGAAAGAAUCCUAGUGUAUCCUUUCAUGGAAAAUCGAAGUGUAGCAUAUCGACUGAGAGAUUUAAAACCGGAUGAGAAAGGUUUGGACUGGCCAAUGAGGAAACGGGUGGCUUUUGGUACAGCUCAUGGCUUGGAGUAUCUACAUGAGCAAUGCAAUCCUAAGAUAAUACACCGGGAUUUGAAGGCUGCAAAUAUCUUACUAGAUGAUGACUUUGAAGCUGUUCUAGGAGAUUUUGGGCUAGCUAAGCUAGUAGAUACAAGGAUGACUCAUGUUACCACUGAAGUGCGAGGCACAAUGGGUCAUAUAGCCCCAGAAUAUUUAUCCACAGGAAAAUCAUCAGAAAAGACAGAUGUCUUUGGAUAUGGUAUAACACUUCUUGAACUAGUAACUGGACAACGUACAAUUGACUUCUUUCGGCUUCAAGAGGAGGAGGAUGUUCUUCUGCUUGAUCAUAUCAAAGAGCUACUGAGAGAAAAUAGGCUGGAGGAUAUAGUGGAUAGAAAUUUGCAGACUUAUGAUCUCAAAGAAGUUGAGGCCAUUGUUCAUGUUGCAUUGCUUUGCACUCAAGGUUUCCCUGAGGAACGUCCAACCAUGUCAGAGGUAGUAAAGAUGCUUAAGGGUGUGGGUUUGGCAGAGAGAUGGGUUGACUGGGAGCAACAUGAAGAGGUGAGUAAUCAACUCAUGUCUCACCAGUUUGUUUGGAAUGAUGAAUCUACACCUCAUCAAGAGGCUAUACAACUUUCCAGAGCAAGAUAGACAUAUAGCUGGAGUCAAUUUUGAAAUGUAAUUGCUUGUAACAUAAUGUUAGCUUUUCCUAUUUAUAUCUGAGGAUUAGUGUAUCGUUUAUUUCUAAUCUUAUUGUACAAAAAAAUGUUUCAUUUAAAAUAUCUUGUGAUUU